AUGCCUUUUGGGGGUGGAAUGGAUGAAGGCUCUACAUGGUUGGCCGGUCUCGGGUUCCGUAUGAUCCUAAUGCCAUCGCAGACGAGCCUUCAUCUCGAGUCCCUUCAGUUCGUGUGCCACAGAGCAUUAGGCGAUACCAGUCGGGAUAAUGAUGUUGCGCAGACUCAACCUAUUCGAGUCAAUCUGCUGAACGCCUGUACAGCAUCGGCGACUCGCUCGGCUACUCUUUGUCCUCUCUUCGAUGUUGCUGGCCCUUGCGUCGGAAAGGGCCUUGUUGGGUCUUAA